UGAGUUGGCUUGCUUUCCUUUUCAUUCGUCAGUUUCAUUAACUACUCCAACCCCAGAUCGAGAUCGAGAUACAUAGUAUUUGAUUAUUACUAUACUCCAGUUUUGAAUAUUCUUCUCUCUGAAAUUACCGGCGUGUCCUCCUGUGACUACUCUCGGGUCGUCGCACCCUAUCUUACGAUGUACUUCAUCGUCAAAUGGAGAUCUUUGGCCGUCCCAGAUCGGCCACAGAGUUAUCACCAUGGUCCAAGAAGAAGAAAGCAGCUGUACCACCACAACAAGUAUACUUUGACUUCUGGGUCCUCCAUCGAUGGGCCUCAGUUUUCGCCGUCUUCUCGGUCGAUCCAAUUCGCACCCCCCUCCUUCAACACACCUCAAAACCAAUGUCAAAACAAGAAAACUUUUUGGGAUUUCUCUCUCUCUUCUUAUCAUCAACAUGGCCGCUAUAAUGGAGCGUGCCGAUGAAAACCUCCUUCCAUCUGUUUACAAAGAAGUCAGUGAAGCUUUCAGUGCUGGGCCAUCUGACCUAGGGUAUCUCACAUUCAUAAGGAACUUUGUGCGGGGACUGGCAUCACCCUUGGCAGGUGUAUUGGUAAUCAGCUAUGACCGGCCAACAGUUCUUGCAAUGGGUACCCUGUGCUGGGCCUUAUCAACAGCUGCAGUGGGUGCAAGCCAGCAUUUUAUGCAAGUGGCAUUCUGGAGAGCAGUAAAUGGGGUUGGACUGGCUAUCGUGAUUCCGUCACUUCAGUCGUUCAUUGCUGACAGCUAUUUGGAUGGUGUGAGGGGGGCUGGAUUUGGGUGUUUGAGUCUUGUCGGGAUGGUGGGUGGUAUUGGAGGUGGAGUUGUUGCUACGGUUAUGGCUGGUCAUGAGUUCUGGGGGUUGGCUGGCUGGCGUGUGGCCUUCAUUAUGAUGGCUACUCUGAGUUCCCUUAUUGGGCUCCUAGUGUUUCUGUUUGUUGUUGACCCAAGACGAAGAGUUAGCGCAGAUCAUGAUAGUGUCGAAUAUUCUGAUAGGGAAGAGUUGGUAGAUAAGAGCACUGUCAAUUCAGCAUCAAUUUGGCUGGAGUCGUGGACAGCCAUGAAAGCUAUUCUGAAAGUGCCAACAUUUCGGAUCAUUGUUUUGCAGGGCCUUAUGGGUUCACUACCAUGGACAGCUAUGGUUUUCUUCACAUUAUGGUUUGAACUAAUUGGUUUCGAUCAUAAUAGUACUGCUGCACUACUCAGUCUUUUUGCUGCCGGAUGUGGCAUUGGAGCCCUCGCCGGUGGAUUAAUAGGAGACCGAAUGUCACAAAUCUACCCUCACUGGGGUCGCAUAAUUUGUGCACAGUUCAGUGCUUUCAUGGGCAUCCCUUUCUCGUGGUUCCUACUUACGGUGAUCCCCCAGUCAGUCAGCAGCUAUUUUACCUUUGCUGUCACCCUUUUCCUCAUGGGUCUCACCAUCAGCUGGUGUACCACUGCUGCAAAUGGCCCCAUGUUUGCUGAGGUGGUACCUGCCAAACACCGGACCAUGAUUUAUGCAUUUGAUCGCGCUUUUGAAGGUUCCUUCUCUUCUUUUGCCGCCCCCAUUGUUGGAAUCAUUGCAGAGAAGAUAUAUGGAUACGAUCCUAAAUCAGUUGAUCUAGUUUCGGGUUCUCCGAGGGAAGCCUAUGCAUUGUCGAGAGGGCUUUUCUCGAUGAUGGCAGUUCCGUUCGGUUUGUGUUGCUUGUUUUACACGCUUUUGUAUCAUUUUUUCUGGAGGGACCGCGACAAUGCUAGAAUGGCAAGUUUCAAAGGAAGAGAGAUGACUUGACCAGCUGUAUCGGGUUGUAGGCGUACUGAUCUUACAAGAAAUUUUCUCCAAUCAAGUCUAGGUGACAUCACUACACGUAUCGAAAUUUUCUUCACAUAUUGUGUAUUGGCUAUCCUUUAGGCCAUUUUUUGUUUUUAAAGAGCGAUCCUCUUUGCAUUUCCCCACGGGAUGCUUUAUAGUAACAGGUAGACUAGAAUCGUAGUGAACCAACUUCUGAACACAUUCUAUUCUUGGUGAUGUUCUGUAAGCUUACCCUGUGGUUUAUGUGUAUUUUAAGCUGCUUAACGAUUCAACGAUUAAGAGAGAGUUUUGGAUUUUUGUAUGGGCUCAUGGUAAUGAUUGAAAAUGUUCAUUUUGUAGAA